AUGGCGUUUCCCAAGCUUUCGCUGUUUUUUGCGAAACAUUCACAAAAGUUAGCUUUGUUGACAAGUGUGUCCGGGAUUGGUUUUGCUUAUGCUAUGCAGCCGUACUACGAGGUGUUUCUUCGAUGGGCGCUGAUCAAAACACGUGAAGGUCGGGAACUUCGACCCUCGAAACGCAUUCGUGAACUUACUGACACGGUAUGCAGUCAGUUUGACCUGUCAGACGAGCAAAAGGCAAAGUUGGAUGUAUUCUUAAUCGCGCCUGAUCAGUCAGCAUCGAUCGGGUCUAUAUUGACCAAUGGAUAUGCAUUUAUUGGUCUACCAUUUUUUACCACCUAUUCCGAUCAAUUGGAGAUUCCAACUGAUGAAGGAGAAUUCUAUACAUGCGUGAUCAAAGAUGGUAGCUCAUCAAAGGAGAUAAUCGCCCGUAUUUCCAAGGCUCGAGCAGCGUACGCAGGAUUUAAAAACCUGCGGCGGCGAUGUGACGUUGCACUAAAGUUGAAAAGUCGCGUAUACUACGCCGCUGUACGAUCAGUCCUACUUUACGGUUGUGAUACCUUGAAUUUGCUGGUAGAAGACAUCCGUCGUUUAGCAGUGUUGGACAAUCGAUGCUUACGCAGUCUGUCCCAGGUUGGAUGGAGUGAUCAGGUUCCUCAUCAGCUGCAUUCUUUUUUCUGCUUCCUAUCCGUGGAUCAACGAACAAAAAAAUCCAUUCAGGUAUCCUACAUUUUCAACCGUGCCUUUCGAUUGCCUGCUCGUGUUUCCACACCUGCUCGUCUCUUGUGCUAUACCACAUUGGCUGCCGUAGGUCUAUUCUGUCAAUGGCAGGGGCUCCUGGCCUGGCGUCGCUAUCUCGCAUUUCGAAUUGAUCAAAUUGUCGCUCGAAUGAAUCCGACCAUGCUCCAAGCUGGUUUGAUUUACUACGAUUGGCGUUUGCGCUUGAACCGGUUUUGCUAUGACCGGGCCGUGGACAAUGCUCUAACUAAAGCGAAAGCGAUGAGCCAGAAUGAUCCCGUCGCAGAUUUUGAUCCAAUUCAGGCGUAUCAAGACGAACAGUUAGCUCUCGAACGAGAGAAGGAACAAGCAGAACGAAAGCAAGACUCGCAUAGGAUACCUAACUCCGCGGUUCUUUCGACUGCCACUCCGGUGACUCGGAAUGCGAUUCACGAUGCGAAAACCGGUGAGCGUUUGAAAAUGUACAAUACGCUAGUUGUACCGUUUGUUUUGCGUCAUUCACAUACCAUUCUCUAG